AAACAUUUUAAAGGUAAAAACACAAAAUAUUCUUAAACCCUCAAAACCUCGACAACAACAUAAAAAGGCGCACAUUUCUGAAAGCCUUACACUAAAAAACUGAAAAGCUAUCUAUCCACUCGAGUGCACUUAACAAUGGCUUCUUCAAACGCCUCAAUUCUCACCCGCAAUUCUCUUUUAUCAUUACCCAUUUCACAACUCCACACCCGUACCCGAAUUCAACCAAACCCACCUCAUACAACCCGACCCGGACUGUCUUCUUCUUCUUCUUCUAUCAGUUCUUCUUCAACUAAUAAUGGAUUGAAAAGUUUGUAUCUUUCUUAUAUUGGGUCUAGACGGUUCAGUUCUGGUAAUAAUUUUCAGAUGACGUCAGCAGUUUCCGGCGAUGGAGGUGGUGGUGGUUAUGGAGGUAACUCCGAUGAUGGAGAUUCUGGAGGUGGUAACAGUGGUGGUGGUGAUGGUGAGGGUGGAAGUAGUAACUGGUCAUUGCUUGCCUGGUAUUUAUCUCUUCUUGAGAAGUAUCCAGUAUGGACAAAAGCAGUUACAUCUGCAUUGUUGACACUUUGUGGAGAUCUAAUCUGUCAGUUGUGGAUUGACCAAGUAGCAUCCGUGGACGUAAAGAGGACAUUUCUGUUCACUUUCUUGGGGCUGGUCUUGGUGGGUCCAACUUUGCACUUUUGGUACCUCUACUUGAGUAAAUUGGUCACAACUCCAGGGCUCUCUGGUACUCUCAUGCGCCUUGUAAUAGAUCAGUUCCUUUUUGCUCCAAUUUUUGUUGGAGUUUUCUUAUCCUCUCUGGUAACACUUGAGGGAAGGUCAUCACAAGUGAUUCCAAAGCUUCAACAGGAGUGGUUCUCGUCUGUCCUUGCAAAUUGGCAACUCUGGAUACCUUUUCAAUUUAUCAACUUCCGGUUUGUACCUCAGCAAUUUCAGGUCCUUGCUGCUAACUUCAUUGCGUUAGUGUGGAAUGUCAUCCUAUCAUAUAAAGCCCACAAAGAAGUUAUUGUAAAAUAGGUAUACCAAUUGCAGACUUCAGGUUGUCGCUCCGCUGCCUACUGAUGCCGAGAAUUUGGAAUAGGCAUGUGAUUUAUGCUACCAAUUUUUUUUUGGUUGAGAUUGAUCUAGGUUGAGAAUGUCUUUGGUAUUCCUGUUCCAGAUCAAUGGUUUAGUGGGAAUGUUUUGCUUCUGUAAAGUCAGAUCUCGCAAUUACAAUCUGGACUCCUAAAUUUGUUUUUAUCAAGCACUUUGCUGCUUUCUCCCUCAUUUCGUGUGGAAUUUCACACAAAACUUCUCUUCUGUAGACACUAUCAAAUGUAACAAGAAUGCUAAUUAUAGACAUUAUUACAGAAAA